UUGAAUUUAUCCCUCUGCAGUCGGCUACAGCUGAUUCCUUUGCUACAGCCCUAAAAGAACGUCUUGCAACUAUUCUUCCUGAGGAUCAAAAGGCUAAGCUAAUCUGUCAGGCAUAUGAUGGAGCCAGCGUGAUGCGAGGUGCCACUGCAGGUGUUCAGAAGAAGAUACAAGAUGUGUACCCAAAUGCCCACUACAUCCACUGCUAUGCUCAUCAGCUCAAUCUAAUAAUGCAACAGGCUACUUCUCACAUAACCAAAGUUAGAAUUUUUUUUUCUAACCUUAGUGGAUUUUCCAGCUUUUUUUCCAGAUCUUCCAAGCGCACAAGAAUUCUUGAUAAAGUUGUGGCCCACAGACUACCAGCAUCCAGCAAUGUCAGAUGGAACUUUCACAGCCGUGCCAUCAAUACUGUGUUUGAGCACAGAGAGGACCUCAUCCGCUGUUUCGAAAGCAUACAAGACUCUGGUGACUUUGACCCCAUUACCGUCAGAGAGGCUGGAGCAUUUGCCAUGCUACUGGAGGAUCAGGAUUUUAAGUUCUUUCUGCAACUUUUCCACCAUAUCAUGCCUCAUGUGGACCUUCUCUAUGCCAAACUCCAGAAGAAGGUCAUAGAUUCAGUCUGUAUCCAGGAGAGCAUCCAACAGUUCCAGCAGGACAUUCAAAAGAUCAGAAAUUCUCUCCACUCCAUGGUUGGACAAAGCAGUGUAGGUAGUAGUCAGCCAGUGAAGAAGCGUCGGACACUCAGUGUAGAAGACCAUGAAAGGAUUGCUGCAGAGGUCUGUGAUAUCAUACUGGGACACACCAGGGAGCGGUUUUCUUUCACAAACCACCUUGUUCCACACUCCUGCAGGGGGACAGAUUUGAACAAUACAACACAGCAUUUCCUGAAGAUGCACUGA